AUGACCGUGAUUGUUGUUGAAAGUAAAGACGACGUUAUUUCUAAGCUUUGUGAAAUAAUUGAAACAACUGCAAUAGAAAGCAUUCAAAACAAAGGCUUGUUUCUGAUAGGAUUUUCCGGUGGUUCUCUUGCCACAUUUCUGAGUAAAGGACUGCCAAAAAUAAAGACAAAGGACUUCUCACAAUGGAGGAUAUUCUUUUGUGAUGAAAGACUGGUCCCAGUUGAUGAUGCUGAUUCUACUUAUGGACUCUACAAAAGAAGUCUCAUUGAUUCUGGUGCAGUUGCUUUGAAGGAGGAACAGUUCAUACAAAUAAAACAAGGAGUUUCAGCUGAAGACGCUGCUACCGAUUAUGCCUCCCAGAUUUCAAAGUUCUUUCCUGGAUCUUCCCUACCAACUUUUGACAUGCUCCUGCUUGGCAUGGGACCUGAUGGACAUACUUGUUCCCUUUUUCCGGGACAUCCUCUCUUGAACGAGACCAAGAGGUGGGUGGCUCCCAUAACUGAUUCUCCAAAACCACCCCCGAGUCGGGUGACUUUGACUUUUCCAGUUAUCAACAAUGCGAGAGUUUGCGUUUUUGCCACGGCAGGGAAAGAGAAAGCUGAUAUGUUGAAGAGAAUUUUAGUAGACCAGGAAAAGUUGCCGGCAGCUAGAGUACAACCCUCUACAGGAAAACUGUUGUGGAUAGUGGAUAGGGAAGCGGGAAUUCAUUUAAACAAACACUAA